AUGUAUGAUGUCGUCUCAAGUUUCUCCAAUUAUGCCGUAGCACAAUCACACCCACGUCUCGCAUUUUUCUUGUCUUUCCAUUCUUGGAAUGAUUCUCAACCUUAUUCCAAUUUCUCGGAUGCAUCUCGACGUCGCGAUGUGACCGGCCAGCGAGUCAUCCAUCCCGUAUCUGUGGUGUUUGUGAGGCCAGAAGAAAGCCCAUGCGAGCAUGGCGGCAAGCACGAUCAUGCAGAAGGCAACGAUGGCAAUGUGUUCAGGAAGCAUCUUAAGAUUGAGGAUGGAAUCAGGAGUGUGGUUGGUGAUGAUAAGAAAGAUGGAGAGUCAUCGAGGCAUAUAUACUCGGACGAUUGGGAUUGUUCUUGA